AGGUGAUUCAUGCAAUAUUUGACAAGCACGAACAUGUCACAACUGUUGUGUUCUUAGUUACACCUUCAGUACACGUCAGGCGACACAUGUUUCAGGUAUCACAGUCAUGUCUAAGCCCCGACAGGAGACAAAAGGCAAAAGGAAGGCAGACGUCUCAGAGGCUUCCAGGACAAGACAUCGGCAGUCUGGAAACCCCGGUGGCUCAGAAAGUGAUUCCGAUCUGUCAAAGAUUUUCAACGACCCAAUUCAUGGGACUAUACGAGUGUCGGGUCUGUGUCUGAAGAUAAUAGACACCCCACAGUUUCAGAGGUUGAGGUAUUUGACGCAACUUGGAGGAGUUUACUUUGUAUUUCCGGGCGCAACACACAACAGAUUUGAACACAGCAUCGGAACCUACUACCUGGCUAGUAAAUUUGCUCGGAUUCUGAGACAGAAACAUCCUGAACAGUUUGAAGAAGAUGAUAUCAAGUGCAUUGAAAUAGCAGGACUUUGCCACGAUCUCGGACACGGUCCGUUCUCACACGUCUUUGACAAAAUGUUCAUCCCUCGGAUAAAACCAGACAGCCAUUGGAAGCAUGAGGAUGCGUCAGUGAAGAUGCUGGAACACUUACUUGAAGAAAAUAAGGGCGUGAAGAAAGCCUUUGACGAGUUUGACAAAGAUGGAUCUCGUCUCGAACUGAUCCAGGACAUCAUUUUAGGUGGAAAACCAACAGUUAAGUAA